UGUAUAUAUGUAUGAAUUUAUGUUUUAUAAAAUCAUACUUGGAAUAGAUAAAGUAUGGGUUGUGAGGACAUUCACGUAUGUGCAUGAAUGUGAAUUGCUUUUAUAAUUCACAUAGAGUCAUCAUUAUUGUAAUUGUCAGUACUGUAUGGCUAGCAUUAUGAAUGUGCCUAUGACAGCACCCGCACCACCUAAAACUACUUGGAAACCUGGUAAAGUUAAAGUUGUACGGGCAUUGUAUAAAUAUAUAGCACAGCGUGCAGAUGAACUAUCCUUUGAAGAAGGUGAUCUCCUGUACGUUUAUGAUAAAGAUGUAGAACCAAAUUGGUGGAGAGCAAAAUGUGGAACUCAGGAGGGUCUUGUACCUGCUAAUUAUGUUGAAGAACAAACUGAAGAAAUUGAAUUGCCAUUGCAUGAUGCUGCAAGACGGGGAAAUCUUUCAUUAUUAAAAGAAUAUAUAAAACAAGGAGUUUCAGGUACAGGUUUAGAUGCAAUGGGUAAUACUUCACUUUACUGGGCUGCACGUGCUGGUCAUUUGGAUUGUGUAAAAGAGCUUUUAAAUUUACCAAAUUCUGUAGUUAAUGCUAAAAAUAAAAUAGGAGAAACACCAUUACAUGCAGCAGCAAGUCGUGGACAUAUAGAUACUGUUAAUUUAUUACUAGAAUAUGGUGCAGAUCCAAUGAUAAAAAAUAAUGACGGUUUAAUACCUGAACAAUUAUCUUCUGAUUUGUCAAUUAAAAAUGCAAUACAAUUAAGUCAACGUCACUCUAAUAAAAUACAUGGAUACACAGAUGAUGACUAUAAUGAUGACAGUGACUAAAAUUAACGAAUUAAUAUAUCAUUUAUAUAUAUUUUAUACAGGGUAUUAAAAAAACUUGUGACCAAAUAUCAGGAUCACGAUAAUACAUUAUAUACAUUAUUACUAUAAAAAAUAUAAAAAUUUUUGUUAUGUUUUA